AUGCCAGCCCUCACCAUGUGCCUUUUGAGCUUCCAUCUGAGCUCUGCCCAGGGCCACCACCCAGACAUGGCUGCGUGCCAGUCAGGUCCAGUCCAGUUCCAAUCAACCCAUUUUCAUCUCUGUCAUGGAGGUGUUGGUCACAAUGCCACCAUUUGCCCCCAAAAAAUACUGAAGGAAGGACCACUGCUAAAGAACUGUAACUCCUUCAAGAGAUGGAAGCUUAGAUAUUUCCUGGUUUGAGGACAAAUUCUUUGCUUUGCACAGCAUCCUGCGUUUGCACGUUUUGAAAUAAUUGAUCUCUCUCAUGUCACCUUGGCAGAAAGUAGCUGUAGGAACAUUUACCACAGUUUUUGUGCGAUCACACCACAGCGAAAAGUCACCUUUGCUGCACCCAACCGGAAAGACAUGGAAGAAUGGAUUAAUGUCAUAAAAACUGUCCAACAGGGAGAAAUUCGUAAGAUACCUGCAGCAGAAGACAACCCUUUCCUUAUUGGCAUGCACUGUUGGUACUCCAGCCACAGCAUCUGGACCCAGCACUGCAAUGUCUGUUGAGACAGCAUUCCUGCCUUAUCUAGAAAUGUUAUCAUCUGUGAAGUGUGUAAAGUAAAAUCUCACAGAGUACGUGCAUUGAGAACAAGCAAAGAUUGCAAGUGGAAUACCUUGUCAAUCACUGAUGACCUCCUCAUGCCUGCAGAUGAAGUAACCAUGCCCCAUCAAUGGAUAGAAGGAAAUGUGCCUGUCAGCUCUCAGUGUGCAGUAUGUCAUGAGAACUGUGGCAUUUACUAAAGACUUCAAGAUUUUCGAUGUCUCUGGUGCAACUAUGUUGUGCAUGAUGACUGCAGGAGACGAUUUUCCAAGGAAUGCUGCUUUGGAAGUCAGCGAACACCAGUCAUACCCCCUACUGCCCUCAACUACCCUAAAGGAGAUGGCCAAUUAGUAGUCUCUUCAGACUUUUGGAGUCUUGACUGGUCAUCAGCCUGUUCAUGUCCCAUCCUCAUCUUCAUCAAUUCAAAAAGUGGUGAUCAUCAAGGGAUUGUUUUCCUCUGAAAAUUCAAGCAAUACCUUAACCCUUCUCAAGUGUUUGAUCUGGUGAAGGGUGGACCUGAAGCAGGACUGGGUUUGUUCAAGAAUUUUGCUCGCUUUCGUAUUUUGGUUUGUGGUGGAAAUGGCAGUGUGAGCUGGGUCUUAUUUCUGGUUGAUGCCUUUGGAUUACAUGGAAAGUGUCAGCUGGCAAUAAUUCCACUUGGAACUGGCAAUGAUCUGGCCCGUGUUCUGGGCUGGGGUGCAUUCUGGAACAAAAACAAGUCACCUCUGAAUUUCCUCAACAGAGUGGAGAAAGCUAGUGUGAAGAUUCUAGACAGAUGGAGUGUGAUGAUCCGUGAGGCUCCCAGACAAGCCCUGCUGCCAAGAGGACAGGUUGAAAUGGACAUACCUCUAUUUGAGGCUGCUGCCAUCCAACACUUAGAAUUUGCAACCAUUGAGUUGAACAAAAUCCUGAAGGCCAAGUGCCCCACAGAGAUGAUCAUCACAAACAGAUUCUUGUCCUCAGCUAUAGAAGAUUUUGUGGUUGAUAUUGUAAAGGCCUGGAAUCUGAUCAAACAGAACAAUACAGCAAUAGAGUCUGUGAUUUUGAAAAGCAACUUAAUGUAUGACAAGCUCAACGUUGUGACUGAUGUCUUGGAUGAGGAGGCAGCAGCUAUGCCUGUUGAGAAAAGUGCUACAGUAUGUGCAGAUAGUGGCAAGGUAGCUGGAAAGUCCCCCAUCCCUCAGAUAAACGCUUUUUUAAUUUGUUCCCUUGACUUGGCUACAUCUUCCUCUUCUUUAAAAUCAGAUCUGAACAUGAUCCUGUUCCAGCUCCAUCAGGUUUUGGAUGGUCAAAGAAGACAGACAAUAUUGGUAAAGAACUUUACUUCAACUUUCUUCCUGGAAGAUGACUCAGAGGAUAUUAACAGGACAAGCCCAACACACUGUUCUCAUCAUGGCACUUUGUCUUCUAUAUCUUCUCUCAAAAUUGAGGACCUAGAUAACCUCAACUUGGAGCAUUUACAUUUCAUGCCUGAAACUAUAUGCUUUAAAGAAAGGUGCAUCAUGAACAACUAUUUUGGAAUUGAAUUGGAUGCCGAAAUUUCCCUGGAGUUCAACACCAGAAGAAAUGAACACCCAGGGCAAUACAACAGCCACCUUAAGAACAAGAUGUGGUAUGGACUCCUAGGAAGCAAGGAACUUUUGCAGCACUCUUAUAGGAAACUAGAAGAACGAGUGCACUUGGAAUGUGAUGGAGAAGCUAUCUCUUUACCAAACCUUCAGGGCAUUGUAAUGCUCAACAUUACUAGCUAUGCUGCAGGUAUCAACUUCUGUUUCUCCACUUUUCAUGAUCUAGAAAAGCUCUCACUGGGAGCCUUUAAAGCAUAUCUGCUUCUUAAAGCCAAGGAAUAUGAGGCUCCUGCAAUAGAUGAUGGGAAGCUGGAGGUAGUGGCAAUCUUUGGUUCCAUGCAGAUGGCAAUGUCCCAUAUCAUCAACCUGCAUCAUCAUCGCAUUGCCCAGUGUCAUGAGGUAAUGAUAACCAUUGAUGGUGAAGAAGGUAUCCCAGUGCAGGUGGAUGGGGAGGCCUGUAUUCAGAGACCAGGCCUUAUCAAGAUUAGGUGUAAGAAUGCUGCCCAGAAGGGAUUGGAUAAGAGGGACUUUGAGAGCUCCAUGAUAAUUUGGGAGCACAAACAUACUGAAAUUCAAGCUGCCCUUCAAUCCCAGCUGGAACUCAAGGAGUUUCAAGAUAGCCUCUCUGAUGAAGACUAUGCCCAGAUGCAGCACAUAGCUCAGCUUGCAGAAACCCUCAUCAGCAGACUUACUGACCUAAACAAGGUCCACCAGCAUGUGUCUGUCCUCAUGGAUUCUGCAAAUGCCAGUGCUGAAAUCCUGAAUGAUAUCUUCUAUGGCCGAGACAGUAGCAAUGAGGCAGGUGCAGCUUUCUGCACUCCCAUUAAGACUCUAAGCAGAAAUGACACAGUUGAUGUUACAUUUAGUCUUAAAGGGCUCUACAGUGACACCAGAGCUUUCCUGGAUGAAAACUUGCUGAAAAAUACUAAGGAGGAGGCCACACUGCAAAUCACCCUGGAUGCCAUGAGUAAGGAGUUUGAAAAGCUGUCAGAGAUAGAAUAGAUAAAUCCAUUCCUUGUUCCAGAGGAAAAAUCUUCAGACACUGACAGUGUACACCUCAGGUUGAAAGUUGAGCUCCCCAGAUUGAGGAAGAAGCAGCUAGAAGAGGAAGACAAGCAUAAAUCUGGCAAAGGAGUCCAGGGUUUUAUUGGCAAUUUGUGGCAUCACAGAAAUUGUGAAGAUGAAGCAAAAGAUGAUGAUCCUUCAACACCAUACAGACCUCAACUGUAG